AUGGCCUCAAAGUUCUUCCUCCUUGCCCUUCUGGCCAUGUCAGCUUCUCGUGCUAUUGCCUCCGACCCAGGCCAGCUCCAGGAUUUCUGCGUCGCUGACAGAACAUCACAAGGUAUGUUUUUUGUCAAUGGAUUUGCAUGCAAAGACCCAAAGACCGCUGUGGCAGAAGAUUUCUUCUUCUCUGGCCUUCACAUGGCUGGGAACACGAGCAACAAGCAAGGAUCUGCUGUGACCGCAGUUAAUGUGGCGCAGAUUGCUGGGUUGAACACUUUGGGCAUCUCCCUGGUUCGCGUCGAUUAUGCACCCAAUGGUCAAAACGCACCCCACAUCCAUCCCCGGGCAACCGAGAUCCUCACCGUGCUGGAAGGCUCGCUCUAUGUUGGUUUCGUGACCUCAAACCCCGAGAACAAGUUGUUCGCAAAAUUUCUGAACAAAGGGGACGUGUUUGUGUUUCCGCAAGGGUUGAUUCACUUCCAGUUCAACUUGGGAACAAACAAAGCCAUAGCCAUUGCCGCGCUGAGCAGCAAGAACCCUGGGGUGAUCACCAUAGCCAAUGCGGUGUUCGGAUCCAAGCCAUCCAUCUCAGAUGAUAUCCUUGCCAAAGCCUUCCAGGUGGACAAGAACAUAGUAGACAAUAUCCAAGCUCAAUUCUAG